AUGAUGCAGACAAUGACCCAGUCCCCAGUUGGUGUAUUCACCCCAAUGCCAGACCCAAUGGACUUCCGUGCAGCCCUCAUGAACAUCAUGCCACCCCUUAAGAAGAGACCAAAUGAGUUCCUUAAUCCACAAUUCCCUCUCCAGGUUCCCCCAGCUCCAGCUCCACAGUCACCACAGCAGACCCAACAGAAGCUCGACCACAAGGAGCGCAAUCGUCUCGCUGCCCAGAAGUGGAGAGCCAAAAAAGACCAAUCAUUAUCAACAUUAGAGGAUGAGAAUGAUCACCUUAGAAAGACAGUUUUCGACUUGCAGAGCCAGGCUCUCCAACUCUCUGUUGAAAACAAGAUUUUGGAGUCUGAGUUACAAUACUUCCAGCAGUUCAUGAGCAAGAUCAUGUCUGUCGCUCCAAGAGCUCAGAAGUAA